AUGGUUAAGAAUAAGGGAAAAGCCGCACACAUUUCUGGCCAAUUACGUAAGAAGGUCUGGAUUACUCCAAAUGAUAUCGUAUUUUUAUCUUUACGUGAAUUCGAAGAUAACAAAGCCGAUAUUAUUCAACGGUAUACUCCUGACGAAGCAAGAGCUUUGACGAAUUAUGGUGAUUACCGGAAACAGCCAAGAUUAAUGAAAUCGACGCCAGCUUUGGCGGUGACGAGAAUGAUGACGAAAUUAAUAUCUAUAAAGUUUAACCAGAAUUUCCUCUUUUUGUGCUUACGUUAUAUGAAAGGCAUUGCGUUUCCUCUAUGUCCUUUUCUGAUUUCAAUUCUAUUUACGUUUAGACAUUUUAUCUGA